UGAGGCCACCACCCAGGCAGUGGCAUCGUCGCCAGUGAAAAAACCAAUCACCAAACAUUUAUUCGGAAGCCAAAAGGGGCGAGACGAGGUCAACAGACCAUUGCCUGCUUAGAGAAAGUUUUGGUACCGCGUGAAGUCUAGAACCUGGCGAAAAACCUGACACCUGUGUAUCCGAUAGCUUAUUGGACACCUACACCUUGGGUAAACCUAGGAAUUCAAAACCUUCCCUCAAGACUUACCUCUCUCAAUCAGGGGAUGCCUGGAGAGAAUGAGAAACAGCCGGGACAGGCUCCUGAACAAAUACCGCCAGGCUGGAGGCAAUAUGCCAGGGAGAACUCAGAACACCCUUCUAGUACAAGAGGUGAUGGAAGAAGAGUGGAAUGCUUUACAGUCAAUGGAUGGCUGUCCAGAAGUCUUGGCUCAGUUGGAGCAGCCGAUGGACUUGGCUGUGCUGGAGGAAAUCCAACAGGAGCUGAUUGACCAAGAACAGUCCAUUAUCAGUGAAUAUGAGAAGAGCUUGCAGUUUGAUGAAAAGUGUCUCAGCGUCAUACUGGCGGAGUGGGAAGCAAACUCCCUCAUCUGUCCUGUGUGUACAAAGUACAACCUGAGAAUAACAGGCGGUGUGGUCAUGUGUCAGUGUGGCCUGUACAUCCCAUGUCAUUCUCCAGAGUUGACAGAGCAGAAACUUCGUGCCUGUUUAGAGGUCAGUGUGAAUGAGCACAGUGCACACUGUCCCCACAUACCUGGGUUUUCAGUCACUGAAGGGACAGAAGAAAAGUCCAGUCUUCUCAUGAGCUGUCUGGCUUGUGAUACUUGGGCUGUGAUCAUCUAAAGCCAGCCUUUACAUCAUUCUACUGGGUUGGAAACAACUUGUUGCAUCUAAGAAGGGGCCUUGUAAAUACAAAUAUUUAAUUUAUAACUUAUUUUAUAUUAAAACUUUUCAAAUGUC